AUGCCCUUGCGCACGCAGCAAGGUGCCCCGCACUUCACAGGUGAUUCAAGGCAACUCGUCCACUUCCUGGAGUCAGUAGAUCGACUCGCGCAAUACAACAGUUUAUCAGACAAGGAUUGUAUCAAGUUCGCUUUACGAUAUAUGGAGCCUGAUGAGAGAGAGCUUCUCUCAUACUGCGAAUUUGACAACUAUAAUGUGGUGUUGACCACUAUACGUGCCUUAUCUUCGAAAAAACCAGCCGCCAUCGAAGCGCCCCUUGCAAGCGCACCUCCACAAACAGAACACACUCAAGAGCAACCAGCAGCCAAAGCCAUCGCACCAAUAUCCGAAUCCCAGAAGCACCCCUUGACAUCACCCGCCCCGCCAUCAGUCCAACUUGAAGCGCGCAUCAUAAGCGCACCUCAAGAGCCCAUAUCUGCACCAGAAUAUCCGUCAGCUGAAGAUAUUCCGCCCAAGCUCGAAGUAUGCAAGCCUAUCACCAUCCCAAACCUCCCAGAAGUGCCUCUGGAGGAGAUUAUACCGCUGGCAGUCAGGGAUGACUUUAAACAUCUAUUGCAUCUUAACGCGCCCUAUCCGGAGCCUUCUGAAGUAUCAGAGGUUCAUUAUGUGCCACUAUCUGACCAGGUUAUGUCCCUGGAAACCCAAUUAGUUGCUGACCAUUCCGCGCUUGUGCAAUAUCCGUGCGUCAUACCGCCGACAGUCAGCGAUGACUUUAAACAUCUAUCCGUAGUCAGGGAUGACUUUAAACAUCCAUUGCACAUUAGCGCGCCUAUUCCGGAGCCUUCUGAAGCACCAGAGGCUAAUAACACGCUGCUAUCCAACCAGGUUAUGUCCCUGGAAACCCCAUUAGUUGCUGAUACAUCUGCGCUUGUCACGUUUUAUGCACACAGUGACCAUCCGCAGGUGCAUUAUCCGUGCACCAUACCGCCGUCAGUCAGUGAUGACUUUAAAACAUCUAUUACAUCAGUCAGGGAUGACUCUAAACAUCCAUCACAUCCUAACGCGCCCAUUCCGGAGCCUUCUGUGGCAACAGAGGUUCAAAAUGCGCCACUUUCUGACCAGAGUAUGUCUCUGGUAACCCCACUCAUCACUGAUAAUUCCGCACCUUUCGCGUUUUCCGCCUACAGUGAUUUCCAUUUGCCGGUGAAACAUCCGUGCAUCACAUCGCCCAUCCGCCAAUUAGAUCAUGUCUCAGAUGACUCUGAUGCGCCUCCAGUGCGCCGCCAUAUGCCUAAGGUCGCACAGGUCAUGCACCCAGAGGCAUUCUCUCAAGGAGCCAUAUGCCAUUUGCAAAUGUUUCGCCUUUAUCUCUGCACCAGUUCAUUGUUAAUUCGUCAUUCAUGUGCCGCAUUUGUGCUGCCACGCGCUUUAUUUCCCGUGCUAUAUGCACCUAUCAUUGCAGAAGAGUCUUCCUGCUAUUGCACUUUCACCAUUUCAUCAGUUUUAAGCCGCAUUUCUCUCGUCCAGAAUCAGUCUCAUUUUAAUUCGAUGUUCAUGCGCAACUUAUGCGCUCAUCUCGCUUAUAUUCACACGCCUUUCGCAUUUAUCAUUGUCUAUGACUUCGCGUCUUUCACCUUUAUCCGCAUUUUCUGCUCUUCCACCUAUGGUAUUGAUAUCAUUGUUGCAUGCCCUAUCAAGGGCCAUCCAUUUAUGUCUUGGCGCCAAUUGGCCCUUGACCUAGAGUCUAUCAGACACAGUUGCGCAUUAUCCGCACCUAAUACCGCUUAUCAUUCGCCUCGUGUUAAUAUUUUCACAGUGUAUCAGCCGCUCCUCACAUAUUCAGAGGAUAUAGAUUCCAAUGCGCCCAAACACGAUUGUGCAUGCAGCUCACGCGCACAUUAUCUGACCAUAGAGCACCACCAUGCGCCUUAUAUCGCCCCAUUAGGCUGUGCUUUCAACUUGUACCGCAAGGUGCAAGAAUUCAUUCCGCCGGAGAAGAUGUCGCAGAGUCAGAAGAUGAAGAUACCGCCGCCCUUAGUCGCCUUUCACCAUCGCCCCACGCACUUUUCGACCCGCAGCAUCGCGCACCCUCAGAUAGAUGAAGAACACCAGGAAUGCACUGGUAGGAGAAGAAGUAGAAGAGCUCAACGAAGAAGAUCCAAACGCGCCAGCUUCCGACCCAUCCACUCCAUCAUUCGACCCUCGCCAUCAUUAUCCACACCAUCCGCUUUCCCCACUCCGCCAUUUCGCAAAUACCGUAUACCGCCAAAUAUACCGUCAUUUUCAUAG